UACAAACAAAAGGCAAUUUGGCUGGCAGUGCAUUUGGUAAUUCGGUAUUUUCACGACAAAAUAAGAAAUAGCUUACGGAUCAAGAUUGAGUUAUUGAAAGGUUUAGUUAACGAAGAAGUUUAAGACUAUUUCUAUAAAUACCUUGUGUGGAACCAAGCUCCGUGUAUCAUUGGACGGAGUUUAUUUGCUGAUAAUUGUGACUAAUUCUGAUAAUUAGUUGUGCAUCGUCAAGAAAAACGCCUCUUCAUGUAAGUGUUUGCGUUUGAAAUACCUGUUAAACGCUUAUCGAAACAGAUUCAGCAUUCAGAAACAGCAUCCGGCCGGUACUGAAGCAUCCGGCGGUAGUGAAGUUCCGAGAAUAUGACAUCCCGUCGUCGCUUGACGUUUUGCAACGGUGCGCGCGUUCUAUUGUUUACGUUGUGUUGCAAGUGUUGUUGAUUCCGCGCCCAGUCGGGCACCGUUUUGGGCAGCCAACAUGUACCACCGAAAUCUGGCCCACUUGAAUCCGUACGAGCUGCACAAACAUCUGAUCAAUGAGUACAUGCUAACGAAACCGGGUGCUACCAAACUGCUGCAGCGUGAUACUUCCCGCGACAAAACCGAUCACGAUGUGGUGCGCGAGAACCACCGAUUCCUGUGGGAUGAGGAAACGGUCGACAGUUGGGAAAAGCAGCUGGCCAAGAAGUACUAUGACAAGCUGUUCAAGGAGUACUGCAUUUCCGACCUGAGCCGGUACAAAGAGAACAAGGUUGCGAUGCGAUGGAGAAUCGAGAAGGAAGUGGUCGUUGGCAAGGGCCAGUUUGUGUGCGGCGAUCGGCACUGCGAGGAGCGGACUGGACUGCGCAGCUGGGAGGUGAACUUUGGAUAUCAGGAGCAUGGCCAGAAAAGGAAUGCACUGGUUAAGUUGCGAUUAUGCCCUACGUGUUCUGAUAAGCUGAAUUAUCGAUCUAAAAAGCGAGAAAUUAAACGCCUUAAGAAGCGCGAUCGUAAAGCGAAACCUGCCAGCGGUAAACGGAUUUGCGAUGAAGCUCCCACGACUAGCUCCGGUGCCAAAGCAAUUGCCGAAGACAAUAUGACCGGCGAGGCGAGCCACAGCACGGAAACUGACCAUAUUUCGGAAGUGGAAGAGGAAAAAGAAGGAUCCUCCGUACCGGAAGUGGUUGAAGGAAGUUGGAGUAAAGGGAAUGAAGUGGAAGAAAAAACACGGGAAGAAGAAUUUGAUGAGUUUUUAGAGGAUCUGUUGCUGUGAAGAUGGUGGGUGUCCUGCUGAUUGCUAAGAAGCACUGUACAACGAUCGCAUUAUAAUGCGUAUUAUAGCCUGCUGCUGGAAAUUGCCAACAUUAUUCGGAGUCUAUCGAGCACAAUCGCAAUAUCACUGUUAGGGUUGGUGCAAAACAUUUAACUCGCAUUACAAUUUUGCCAAAUGUACGGUCUCUUCAAUGCACCUGGAGCACCUGAAUUCCUGGAAGAAAGCAGUGAUUCUCUUGACUGUGUUCGCACGCUUUUGGGUGCCCUGGUUUACCACACAGGGCUCUCACUUCCAAGGAAAUUCUAUUUUGUAAGAAUAGUAUUAAAAAAUCAGCUUUCUAUAGUCCGUGAGGGAAAUGAACUGUUUUUGAAUAAAUUAAAUCAAAAUUUAAAUUCAUUUUCUUUACAAACAUUUCUAUUCUGCACAACUCUUGGUUGUGAGCAAUUGCCAAUAGCGCGAAACGAUCAUGCAAGUAUAACAAACGUAAGAUUAUGUUCGCACUGGUGGCGUUAGCUUCUCUCUUAAUCAAUUCAACGUCCUGCCCGCAACUUAUCAGUGCCCUUUACAUAUAUUCUCACCGCUCACAACUGCUCUGGCUUAGUUUGCUUUUGCUUCCACAGCGGCCACAACGGUGGAGUGCUUGCAGGAUGAGCACGUGCUUUGUUUGGAUUGCAUUCACGCUAUUAGCGUUCACCUACGGCCAAGAAACGGAAGAAGAUCUGAAAUGUGCCGGAGGAUACUGCGUUUCGAAGCAUCUUUGCAUUAACUCUACGUACGCCGAUGUUGCAACGCUUGGCCAGGAUACGCAGCUCAUAAGUCUGCGGCUUGGGCUUACUAUAGAUGAUUUCGACACGUGUCAAGAUUAUCUUCUGGUAUGCUGUAAGUCUGCCCCGGAAGCAUCCACAGAAAUUCCUAGCAGCGAGGUCAUCAUUGUACCACCGCCGUCCACCUUUGACUGUGGACAGUUUAACGAGAAUGGAUUGAUUUACGACCUGCAUCAUAAUGAUUCGCUGGCGCAGUACGCCGAAUUUCCCUGGGUGGUGUACAUACUGACCGAGGCGAAACCAUCUUCCCCGGCGGACAGUAACUUUGUAUGCGGCGGCACCCUGAUCCAUCCACGGCUGGUGGUGACAACGGCUCACAACACGGAAAGAAAAACGCAUUUGAUUGCACGGUUCGGCGAAUGGGACAUUAGCACCACAAACGAACCCUAUCCGCAGCAGGAAAUACGCGUGAAGGAUGUCAUCACACAUCCCGACUAUGUGCGCAAUCCGAUACAGCACGAUAUAGCGCUGCUGGUGCUGGAGAACAGUGUGCAGUAUCGUCAGCAUAUCCGACCCAUUUGCCUACCCCAGCCGGAUGAUGAUUUCGUCGGCAAACGUUGCAUUUCCAAUGGCUGGGGCACCGAUCGGGGAGUGUAUGCGAACGUGAUGAAGAAAAUAGCGGUUCCGGUAAUCCCGCGCGCCAAGUGCACGCGGAUGCUUCGUUUGGCUGGGCUUGGUCCGUACUAUCAGCUUCGGGAAGGGUUCCUGUGUGCGGGCGGGGAAGCUAACGUCGACAUGUGCAAAGGUGACGGUGGAUCGCCACUCGCAUGCCAAACGGACAGUGGAACGUUCGUGCUGGGUGGUAUCGUGUCGUGGGGCAUCGGUUGCGGGGGUUUCAAUUUACCCGGCGUGUACGUUGCCGUUAACCGGUACGUCAAUUGGAUCAACGAGCACAUCUUGGAACUGUCGUUGGAUGCGAUGGAUAUUAAUUUGAAAUUGUAAUGUACUGUACUAGCUGGAUUGGUAGCACAGUCGGAAGCAAAUAAAUUAAUGCGAAACCAAGGCUUUCAGCUGCUUUGCACACAAUCGUA